GGACUCGACCCUGCCUGGAAGACUCCUCUUUCUCUCUGCGCCUGAACUUGUAGCCGCAGGGGCGGGACCCGGCGAGGGCCGGGGCUGUGUCCGCCUGCCGGCUGCCCGGCUCCGGUGCCCAGACCAAAGCCCCCCACUGCUCCAUGGACACCCCCAGCCCAGCACCGUCGUUGCCUUCGCCUUGGCCCCGGGAGGAAGAGACACCGCUGGCCUCGCCUCCUCCUGUGCCCCGGGGCCGUCGAGGCAGACCUCCCCGCGCCGGGGGCCCAGCCUCCUCCGGGCAGAGACUCAAGGUCUCGCUCCGUCGGAAGCGGGGCCGCCCCCCCAAGGCCCGGCCGGAGCCCCGGCGGGGGCGGGAGGCCGCUGUCCCCGUUGAGGACGGCGGGGGCGCCGAGGGCGCCGACCUGCUGCUGAUCGACGACCAGGGUGUGCCUUACACCGUCUCGGAAGAGUCGGCCCUGGGCGAGGCAGAGGAGCCCGAGCCCCGCCAGCCCGAGGGCUCCCCGCCCAAGAAGCCGCCGCUCCUGUGCCCCGUGUGCCUGCGCGCCUUCACCUACCUCUCGGACCUGGAGCGCCACAGCAUCUCGCACUCGGAGCUGAAGCCCCACGCGUGCCAGGACUGCGGCAAGACCUUCAAGCGCUCCAGCCACCUGCGGCGCCACUGCAACAUCCACGCGGGGCUGCGGCCCUUCCUGUGCGUGCUGUGCCCGCGCCGCUUCCGCGAGGCCGGCGAGCUGGCCCACCACCACCGCGUGCACUCGGGCGAGCGGCCCUACCAGUGCCGGGUGUGCUGGCAGCGCUUCGCCGAGGCCAACACGCUGCGCCGACACAUCAAGCGCAAGCACCCCGAGGCCGUGGGCGCGCACCGCUGCACCCCCGACCCCGUGCCUGAGCCCCCGUGGGGUGCCCUCGUGGAGCAGGGCAUCCCGGCCACGGCGGAGGGCAUCCCGGCCGUGGAGGAGGCGAGCGAAGAGGAGCCGGGGGAGGAGGACGAGGAGGGGGAGGAGACAGAACAGGCCUGACCCUCACUCUGGCCUCUGUCCCGCCGGGCCGGACACCCCGGGCCUGAACUGCGGUGCCCGGGUGCCCGGCUGCUUUAUCACUCUCCCUGGGACGGACGGGCCCUCAGAGGCAGAGGCUGUGGGAAUAAAUCUCUGCCUUCUGGCA